AUGACAGACUUAAAUAAGGAAUGGGAGAAGGUACAAGAGAUGGCCUUCACAUCAUGGGUCAACUCUGUGUUGGAUAAGCGCGGUGUACCAAAGAUUGCCGAUGUCUCAACUGACCUCAGCGAUGGUGUCAAGCUCAUCUACUUCUUGGAGACUGUCUCUGGAAAGAAGUUCCACAAGAAGUUUGACAAGGAGCCAAAGACCCGUAUCCUCAGGAUCCAGAACCUUCAUUUGGCCAUGAUCUUUGUCGACUCUGACCUCGGUGUCAAGGUACAAGGUGUUGCUGCUGAGGAGUUUGUCGAUAGCAACAAGAAGAUGAUUCUUGGUUUCCUUUGGACUCUUUACCGUAAAUAUCGUAUUGCAGUCAUUAGUGAGGGAGACAAGAGCUCAGAGGAGGGUCUGUUGGCAUGGGUAAAGAAGACUACAGAUGGAUACGACGGAGUCAACAUUACAAACUUCAAGAACAGUUUCAAGGACGGCAAUGCCUACUUGGCCCUGGCUCACAAGUUCGACCCAUCAGUGUUCAGCUAUGGCGAGUACCACGGCAAGGAGCUGAUCGACCGUCUCAACUCUGCCUUUGAGUUUGCAGAGAAGGGUCUGGGCAUCCCCAAGUUGUUGGACGCCGAGUCGCUGUCCAAGGGCAACGUCGACGAGCGUUCCAUCGUCCUGUACACCUCUCUGUUCUUCCACGCCUACCGUGCCAAGGAGGAGCGUGAGGCUCUUGAGGCCAGCCAAAACUCGCUCGCCAACAAGCUCGCCUCGCUCGAGCAGUCCCUGGAGGGUGAGAAGCUCUCCCACGACGAGCUCACCAAGCAGAAGAAGGAGCUCGAGGACGCCCUCAACCAGAUUCGCAGCCAGAACGAGGCCAGAAACCAACGUAUUGCCGACCUGCAGUCAAAGAUCGACGACGCCCUCCGUGGCAUCGAUGAUGAGCGCAUGGCCAAGCUCGACCUCGAGUCGCGCAUCUCCAAGACCGAGAAGGACAAGGCCAUCCUGGAGCUCAAGCUGGCAGAGACCCUCGACGAGAACGAGCGUCUGCGCAACAAGCUCGAGGAGGACAAGAGACGUGCCGCCGCCGAAAAGGAGGGUCUCGGUCUCCUGCGCACUCACAUCUCCCACCAGAUCAACGACAUUGCCAAGUGGCAGUCGUUCCUCGACAACCCCGAGGCCAUUCCAUACACCAAGCAGCCAGUGAACCUCGACACCGAGAUGGGUUCGCUCGCCUUUGAGGAGCAGGCCAAGCGUCUCGGUUCCAAGGUUGAGAAUGAGAACGUUUCACUGGAGAAGUAUUUGAAGCAGAAGGAGGACGAUGUCAAGAAUGCCGGUGCUCCAAAGAAGAGAACCAAG